UUGCACUCUCUAAAACCGAUGUUUUUUUUUUUAAUAUGUUAUUUUAAAUCUUUUAUUUAUUGAUCAUGUAAAUCAGAUAUUUUCCACAUAUAAAUAUUAACAUUAUUUGAUAUUUGGGAGGAAAUCGACAAUGUUAUUACAACCACAGCGUAUGAUUACAGCUCAUGAUACUUUGGAGCAUCUGAGCUGUGCUAAACGUCCUGCAUUCAAUGCACUAUGGGAGCCGAAGAAUAUGAUCGGUAUUGAUGUAAAAGCGACAGAAAAAAAACGUAUUCUUGGAGAUAAAUAUCUGGAAAGCAUAAUCAAAGAAAGGCCAAGAAUACAUAUGGUGCCGAGUGUAAGUUUAGAUGAUGUGCAAGAUAAAGAUCAAAGAAAAUUAGUGAUCGAUUUUAUAUAUAAAAAAACGAUAGAUCAAGCGACGAAGGAAGUUUGGGAUGAUUUUAAAGUACACCGUCCUUGCUUAUCAAAGAAACACAUAGAAGAGCGAGAAAAACCCGAAAUUGAUCGACAUAUAUCUCGUUUGCCAGUGAGAUUUCAAGGAGCUGCUAGAAAAUGGGAUAGUAUGCAAAGUCGUUCUUUUCUAACAGAUGAUACCUGCUAUGAUAAAAAAAGAAAAAGCGUCAUGUAUGUGUGUGUAAAAGAAAAUGAGUUCGAAACACAUAAAGGAAAAGAUAUUAGAAGAAGAACAUAUAAGAAAAUUAAUCAAUGAAAAUAAAUUAAGUAUUAUUUAUGAUAAGUUGCCUUCAUCAUAUACAGGACAUAGACCGUACAUUGCAUGUAAAGUGCCGAUAGAGAAGAGAGAAAUCAAUCAAUUAAUUAAAAAUAAUAGUGUACCAAUUCAUUUACAAAUAUAUCUUUCCACAUGAUCCUAAUAAAUCAAAUAUCUAUUUACAUAAUCUAUCUAAUAAAUCUAUCAUAAUUACAA